GUCAGAUACAGAAGAUCAUGGCUGAUAAAGAGGAGCUAGGGAUCAGGCUGAAGAAGCUGCUGGUGAGGUUGAACCUUCAAGAGGGGAAGCAGUUGGGCACCAUGGUCCAGAUCAUACAGGACCUCCUGUUCCUGUCCCAUACGGAUCACUGUGUUGAGCUGUUUUCCGAUCAGAACGUCCACAUGCCUCUGAUGCUGGUGCUGUCCUCGCAUUUCAACAGCAAAGUGCAGCAGGUAGGCUGGUCUCUGCUGUGUCGUCUGAUGGAGAUCUGUCCCAACACUCUGGAUAGUCUGGCCAACCCAGAUGAAUAUGAGUUUACUGAGGUGCACAAGCAGAUUCUUAAGGUGCUUUCAAUGUAUUGCAAUGACUCCAAGAUGAUGAUGGUGGGCCUGAGAGCUCUGGCUCUCCUAAUGAAGUCAGAUGAGAUUGUGAUGCAGGUUCUAGAUGAGGAGGAAGUGGAUGUGUUUUCCGUGGUUCUGGAGGCCAUGGGGUCAUUUAAUGACAAAGAAGAGGUUCAGCUACAGGGAUGUGCUGCUUUACAACUACUGCUGCAAACAGUUUCUGAUGCUCAUCUGGUGGAGUUCAUUGAGAACAAGGACCAUGAGGUGGUUUUGGAUGUGCUCAGGCGGUUCAUGGACAGUGAGAAUGUGGUACUGCAAGCUCUGAGGGUCCUCAUACCACUGGCUGCUCCAGCCAGCAAUAUUGAGAUUCUGAUGUCCAAACCCAUUAAAUGCUACAGUCUGCUGUGUCAGGCCAUGGACAUGUGGCUCGACUCGGAGGCUAUACAGGAGACUGGAUGCCGUUUGUUACUGAAAUUCACAUCAGAGAGUUACUAUAACAUACUGGUGCUGAAUGGUGUCCAUAAGGUGGCGGUGAAAGCGUGUGUCUCAUAUCCUGAGAAUGCCACAGUGCAGACCACUGCCCUCUCCUGCUUGAGCGCGCUCGCGGAGUGUAUUGUACAGAAUGAAGAGCUGGACAAAGAGUGGAACGAGGAGGACGAGGCGAAACCGAAAGAAGCCACUCAAGGAGAGGAGAUGCUUAUCUGGAGAGAGGCCUGUUAUACUGCUUUAGAGAGACAUGCUGACGAUGCUGCAGUGCAGGAAGCUGCAUGUUGGGCUUUAAACAGCUUGCUGCUACAUUACCACUCAUUCAACCGUGUGGAACUGGAAGGAAGGCCUCCUCUUCAUUCUGUAAUCAUGGCUGCCAUGCUUUUGCAUUCAUCCAGUGCGGAGGUUUUCCAAGCUGCUUCCUGUACACUACGCACACUAAUACAGCACCACAGUAGGAUGAGGGCUCUGCUGCUGUCACAUGGCAUUCAUGUCAACCUUGUGCAUCUGAUGCGGAAGCACGAGAGCUCCAGCGCUGUGUGUGAAAGUGCCUGCAAACUGCUUCACACACUCUUCCAGGGAGCGAGGGCCAGUCUAGAUGACGCGACCCUGAUUCUCGGUCAGAUCCUGACUGCUCUGAAAACACAUAACUUCGUUCCUGAAGUUCAGCUGGAGGGUCUCAGAGCGAGUUUAGUUCUUCUCAGCCCGGACAGGAGUUUAAGAGAACAUGGCACCUCAGUGGCGGAUCCUGAGAUGGUGGACGUGUCCCUGCGGGUGCUGAAGAACCAGUGUGUACUUGAGGGAGCUCACACUGUCUAUCUAGAGGCACUUAAUAGGUUUAUCAGUAGUGAGGAGAUUCAAGGGUGUGGACUUGGUGUACUCUCAGCACUAGCUGACAGUUCUGGAGCGGUUGACCUCAUGUGCCAGCAGGGGGCGAUAGAUACGGUUCUUCAUACGCUGCAGAUGUUUCCACAGGAGCGUGAUGUUCACUACUGGGGUCUUAGUCUUCUGUUUCACCUCAUCUCUAAGAAGAAGCUCUCUCGUAUGAUGGUGCCUGUACUGGCAUCAGUUUUGGUCAGCUCAGUACGUCAACACAAUGAGGACACAGUCAUGCUUCUAAAGGGUUUCCAGGUGGUGUGGAAGUUAUUGGACACCUGCUCUAGUGCCGCAGCAUGGCUGCAAAAAGAAGACUUCGAGAAAGACAUCUUCCAGAUCCUCCGGGAAAAUAUGGCAGACCAGCGCAGAGAUCCAUUGCAGGCAGUGAGUCGCCUGUGCCUGUCUAAGAUGGUGGUGGACAGUGAGAUCAUGUAUGCCCUGUUGGAGAGAGCGUGUGAGGACGGUGACGUGGACAUGGCAGAAUGUCUCAUCCUGCUGGGCGCUGACAUCAACAAGAAAUCAAAGAGCGAUUCGCUCAUAUAUCAGGUUUGUGAUCGGGGGGCUCCUCUGGUUUUGCUGGAGCUGCUGGUUUCUGCAGGUGUUCAUGAGCAGCAGUUACGUGGAGCUCUGAGCGUGUGUGUCAGGAGGGGCGAUGACCUUGCGGUCAACCUCCUCCUCACCCGUCUGGGGCUGGACCACACCAACAAUGCCCUGUGCCUCGGGAGCUUCCGCCUCGGAAAAAUGAAGGCGAUGUGGCUCAGCGCUCUGCUCUCGGAGCGCAAAACCCAGACUCCAAUCAACAAGAAGAACAGUAAAGGUCAGCGUUUGGCCAGACAGAUCUUGUCACUCCAAAGAAACAAAGGGUUUUUGGGAGUUGGUAGAUUACGGAGUGAUGCCAGCACAUCAGAAUAUUUCACAGAUGAGGAAAGUGACGACUCACACAUUUCCUUAGAUGAAAGCUUGGUCUUUAUGUUUGAUGAAAUGGAGAGUGAUGGGAGCGAUGGGCCUUCACAAGGAUUGUUGCUUUUCAGUGAUUCCCCAGAAGUGGGCAGGAAACCUGCUUGGAGACAUCACAGUCGGCGUAGACGUGCCAAUUCAGAGGGAUGCCAUGGUGAGACAGAUCCAAGUGUCCCUCUACAUAAGCGGUUUAACUCUAACACUAGAGGGCAGGCUUUUAUUGAAAGCUCCACUCCUGCUGCUCUUCCUCUGGCCGUGGACAAAGAACCCAUCCGUCUGCUCGACCUUUCAGGGAAUGAGCUGGGCAAUCUGUCCUGUUUGAUGGGUGUGAGCGCUCUCAAACAGCAGAUUGAAAACCUUCUACGGCUUGAUUUGAGCAGCAACAAUCUAUCAGAGUUUCCCAGUGUUCUCUGUCAGAAUUUAAGAAGUCUUACCCGUCUAGAUCUUCAAGGUAACCAACUGCAGUCACUUCCUGUGGAACUUCUGGGUUUGCCUGCAUUAAACACACUCAAUGUUUCUCGCAACUGCAUUGGUCCUCUUCUGCUGCUGGACCCAACUGUGCUCAGUCCAGCCUUACGCCAGCUCAACCUGUCCUUCAACCAGAUCACCGUCUUCCCCUUCCAGCUGGGGCAGGCCAUGGACAGACUGGAGGAGCUCUCGUUGGAGGGAAAUCAGAUAUCAGAACUGUCUCUCCCGCUCCGCCUGGCUGAAUUGAAAGUUUUAGACAUCAGUAAGAAUCAAGUUAAAAUCAUUUCAGAUAAUUUCCUCACUGAAUGUCUCAAGUUGGAAACUUUCAUCGCUUCAGUUAACAAAAUCAGUUCAUUGUCACACCUUCCUUCAAAGAUAACCACUGUUAAAUUAUCACAGAACAAUUUCACAACUGUUCCUGAAAUAGUCAUCAACUUGCCAAAUUUGCGUUCGGUGGACAUGAAAAAUAACAGUAUUAGUGUUCUGCCGGGUCCAUCUUUCUGGGUCGGUGCAAACCUGAGAGAGCUGAUGUUCAGUCAUAAUCACAUCUCUGCGCUCGACCUGAGCGGCCCGGUGUACAAGUGGGCCAGACUGGAGAAACUUCAUUUAAGCUCCAACAAACUGACUGAGAUCCCUCCUCAGAUCGGUAUGUUGGAGGACCUGACGUCUCUAGAUGUUAGUCAGAAUGAAGGUUUGCGCUCUUUCCCUGAUGAGAUGGGAAAGCUGGUUCAUUUAUGGGAUCUACCUCUAGACGGUCUGCAGCUCCAGAUGGACCUCAAACACAUUGGGAACAAAACCAAAGACAUCAUCAGGUUCUUGCAGCAGCGUCUGAAGAAAGCUGUCCCGUAUUACCGCAUGAAACUCAUUGUAGUCGGCAGCCCAUGUAGCGGGAAAAGUUCUUUGAUUCAUCAGCUGAUGAGACUCAAACGCUCUCAGUGGCGAUCUGAUCCGCACACCGUCGGCGUCAGCGUCAGAGACUGGGUCAUCAAAAACAAAGACAAGAGGAACAUGCUGCUGAAUGUUUGGGAGUUCUCAGGUGGUGAAGAGUACAGUGGAUUUCACCCUCACUUUAUGAGCUCCAGGGCGCUCUAUCUAGUCCUGUAUGACCUGAGUAAAGGACCCAGCGAGAUAGACACUAUCAAACCCUGGCUCUUUAACGUUAAAGCCGUAGCUGGACAGUCUCCUGUGAUUGUGGUUGGAACUCAUGCAGAUGUGUGUGAAGAGCACCACCUACAGGAGUGUGUUCUGAAGCUGCAAGAGGAGCUGCUGUCUCAACCGGGCUUUCCAGUGAUCAAACAGAACCACAUACUAUGUGCCUGUCAGGAGUCUGACUCCAUCAGCAGGUUGCGCAAAGCCAUCAGUCGGGAGCUCAUUGGGUUCAAGAUCCAGGGUCAGCCGGUAAUGGGGCAGCUGAUUCCAGAGUGUUAUGUGGAGUUGGAGAGGAGAGUUUUACAGGAGAGGUCACAUGUACCCACUGAUUUCCCAGUGCUCAGACACAGCAGACUGCUGGAGAUCAUACAGGAAACACAGCUGCAGUUAGAGGAGGGAGAGUUACCCCACGCUAUCCACUUCCUCAGCGAGGCUGGUGUCCUGCUUCACUUUGAUGAUCCAGUGCUUCAGCUAAAGGAUUUGUAUUUCAUUGACCCACAAUGGCUUUGUAACCUCAUCUCACAGACGUUGACUCUGAGGAGCACUGGUCAGUGGGACACCACUAGAGGAGUGGUGCAGCGAACCACUGUCGAAAAGUUUCUGAACAAAAGUCGCUGUUUCCCCAAGGAUCAUCUGACUCAGUACUUCAAACUAUUGGAAAAGUUUCAAAUUGCCCUGCCCUUCGGAGAUGACCAGUUACUUAUACCUAGCAGCCUGUCAGAUCAUAGGCCGGUGAUUGAGCUUCCCCACUGUGAGAAUUCAGAGGUGAUUGUUCGGCUUUAUGAGAUGCCGUACUUCCCCAUGGGCUACUGGUCCAGACAGAUCAGCCGUCUGUUGGAAGUGUCUGCUUUCCUGCUCUACGGCAAAGAGAAAGCAUUGAGACCAAACCGGAUCUACUGGAGGAAGGGCAUCUAUCUGAGCUGGUCUGCUGAAGCUUACUGUCUGGUGGAGGCCUUGUCUCUAGAAGAGAACCCUGCUAGCUUCAUCAAGGUCACCGUCCCCUGCUCUCGCAAAGGUCGUGUGUUGUUUGGGCAGGUGGUGGAUCACAUUGACUCUCUGCUGGAGGAAUGGUUUCCAGGCCUCCUCACCACUGAUGUCCGUGGUACUGGAGAGACACUGCUUAAGAAAUGGGCUCUGUACAGCUUCAGUGAUGGACAAAACUGCCAGAAGAUGCUGCUGGAAGAUCUACUCUCCAGCAUCAAUGCAGAUGGUUUGCUGGUGAACCCAGAGGACCCCAGCUGUACUCUGCCCAUCUCUCAGAUCUCUCCAGACCUUGUAUUGAGUGACCAGCCAUCCAGCACCAUACUGGAUCCAGAGCAGCUGGAGAUGGAGCUCUCUAUGGAGUAUAGGUUGGGAGAUGGAGGCUUCGGCUCUGUAUAUAAAGCCGUGUACAAGAAUGAAGAAGUCGCUGUGAAGAUUUUCAAUAAACAUGCAUCUACACUUUAUGUUCAUCGGCUGGUACGGCAGGAACUGGCGGUACUUGGCAGACUGUGUCACCCCAGUCUGGUGGGGCUUUUGGCUGCCAGUUGUAACCCAAACAUUCUUGUGAUGGAACUCGCCCCAUAUGGCUCUCUGGACUCGCUUUUUGAGCGUGAAAAUAGCAGUCUCAGAUGCAAGCUACAGCACAGGAUAGCACUACAUGUGGCAGAUGGUCUCAGAUAUUUGCACUCAUCGAUGAUUAUCUACCGAGAUCUGAAGCCACACAACGUUCUGUUGUUUAACCUGAAGACGGAUGCUGAGGUCAUUGCUAAAAUCACAGACUAUGGCAUAGCGCAGUACUGCUGCAGUAUGGGCGUCCGCAGCUCAGAAGGAACACCGGGUUUUAGAGCACCGGAGGUCGCCCGAGGUAAUGUCAUCUAUAACGUCCAGGCAGAUGUAUAUUCAUUUGGUCUGCUGCUGUAUGACCUAAUGACCUACGGCGAGCGGAUAUCUGAUGGAAUGAAGUUUCCCAGUGAGUUUGAUGAGGUGGCUGUGCAGGGAAAACUACCAGAAAAAGGAGCAAGAGAUGAGAUUGACAGCAGUCCUAUCCUCUGCAUGGUGAUCAUCAGAGCUCCAGGGUCAUGCAGUGACUGGUUAGUUGCUGGUACACAGUCAGGUUCACUCUUCAUCAUGGAUACUGUAAACGCAGAGGUUCUGCACUGUCUGAAGAGUGUGAAGGAUUCUGAGAUUGACAGCAGUCCUAUCCUCUGCAUGGUGAUCAUCAGAGCUCCAGGGUCAUGCAGUGACUGGUUAGUUGCUGGUACACAGUCAGGUUCACUCUUCAUCAUGGAUACUGUAAACGCAGAGGUUCUGCACUGUCUGAAGAGUGUGAAGGAUUCUGUGACAUCGCUAUACUUUCACAUUCACAGACACUUUAAGAAUUACCUUUUGGUCGGGACAGCAGAUGGAUCACUAGUCAUAUAUGAAGAUUCAGUCUUGAAGGUGAAGAAUGGUGGUCCAGUGAAAACAUUGCAGGUUGGUGAUGUGAACACUCCUCUGAUGUGUCUUGGUCCAUUCAGUCAUACUCAGGAGUGCAAAGAGCUGUGGGCUGCCUGUGGCAGCAGGGUGUUCUCAUUCACAGUGGAAUACGACAUCUGUAGAAGCAUAGACACCAAACCCAAACUGCUGUACCCGCAGCAGGGUCGAAUCAGCAGUGAUCCUUGCAUAUCACGGUUAGCGGUGGACAAACAUGUGUAUGUAAGUAAAAGGGGUGGCCACACUGUGGAGAUCUGGGAUAAGAAGACUGAGAGGAUGAUGAACCUCAUUGACUGCGCACAGUUACUCAGAUUAACGCCCACCAAAAAGCCCAAAGCCCAAAGUGAGGACCAGUCUAGACAAAUGGUGCCGUCUUCGGCUAUUGUUAAAGCUCUGUUGGUCCAGCACAGCGGUACUCUGUGGAUUGGGACCAAAGAAGGACACAUCCUGUUGGUGGAGGUCUCCAGCUGUCAGCUACUGCAGACCAUCAGCCCUCACUGCCACUCCAUACGCUGCAUGGGCUCUGUGCUGCUAGACACACUCAACCGAAAGAAUGUUAUUAUAGUACUGGGUAGACGGCAACGCGUGUCACAAGACCAAAUCAAAACACAAGCUGAGGACUCAGUGCUGAGCGUGUGGAACAGUUCACUUCCUCUGGAGGUCAGAGAUCUGAUCAGACACUGUGAGCUACGAGACAAGAUCACCAGCAAACUGAGAGAAACACUCCACAACUGAUCGUACACUCUGUCUGCGCAUCAUUUCCUGAGAAAGCUGAGAAACAUGUAACAUUACUGUUUGCAACAUUUGAAGGCACAUAACAGAAAGUUCCAUUGUCUACUGUCAGUAGUGCAGAAUGAAGCACAGAGCUCAUGUCCAGACGAAGCAGAUGUCUGUUGGUCAACACGGUCGAUUUGCGCAAAUUCCGGGUUUCAGUUGAAGCGACUGGAUUUCGCCGGUGAAAGAGCAACAGUUAAUGCCACCGAACCUUUACUGUUUUGAAAAGGGACCCAUGUGAAAAUGCAAUCUGUUUUAUAUAGUCAAGGGAAACAUUUAUUUUUGUUACAUCUCAUAUGUUUGGAUUAUACAGAAAACCAAAAUGAAAAUUGCAAACACUUGAGUUAGCUUUAUUAUUUUAUAGUAUGUAUUCAUGAUAUGAAGCCAUAAGAGCAGAGCAGAAAGCCAUCAUUUAUCAAAAAUAUCUCUAAUACCUCUUAUGCAAAUGUAUCAUGUUUAGUUUCCACUAUGAUACAAUAGUCGCUACUGUUGUUAGCAUCAUGGGAGCACAGUGAAUGAGCUGCUAGAGGUAACUAGCACCACUGUCUGUCAUAAAAAAACAAAGAUGAAAUCUUGCACUUUUGAAGGAAAUCCCACAUUAAUGCUAGUAAUGCAAAUAUGUCAAAUUCCAGAAUUGGUUUUGAGGUCUGUUUAUGAAGUCUCUGUGUUCAUUGUUUGGAAAUGAAAUUAUAUGAUGAGUAAUCCAUUGCUAAAUUUUGAGCAAUAAGCUAAUAAAUGACACUACACACAUUCUCUGACCUUUUGUGAAUUACAAUCACAUUAUAUUUAAUGAUCACAAUAAGCCAGUGAUUAAAG